AUGUCACAGAAUCGCGGGAUGGGUCUCAACAAUCUUCGCAUGGGUGAGGUCAUAAGAGAAAAAGUCCAGGAUGGCUUGACGGGAGAGACGAAGGAAAUGCAGUACACCCAGUGCAAGAUUGUCGGAAACGGCUCCUUUGGCGUUGUUUUCCAAACCAAACUCGCUCCAAGCAAUGAAGAUGCGGCGAUUAAACGUGUGCUCCAAGAUAAGAGAUUCAAGAAUCGGGAGCUUCAAAUCAUGCGUAUUGUACGCCAUCCGAACAUUGUGGAGCUCAAAGCUUUUUAUUAUUCCAACGGAGAUCGGAAGGAGGAAGUCUAUCUUAAUCUCGUCCUCGAAUUUGUCCCUGAGACCGUCUACCGCGCUUCCCGCUUCUUUAACAAAAUGAAAACGACGAUGCCGAUACUAGAAAUCAAGAUCUACAUCUAUCAACUAUUCCGAUCGCUUGCGUACAUACAUUCCAUGGGAAUUUGUCACCGAGACAUCAAACCACAAAACCUUCUCCUUGACCCCAAUACUGGGGUUCUCAAGCUCUGCGAUUUCGGCAGUGCAAAGAUACUCGUCGAAAAUGAACCAAACGUGUCGUAUAUUUGCUCCCGAUAUUAUCGUGCGCCCGAGUUGAUCUUCGGAGCAACAAAUUAUACCACUAAAAUUGACGUCUGGUCAACCGGCUGCGUCAUGGCGGAGCUCAUGCUUGGCCAACCCCUGUUUCCAGGCGAGUCAGGUAUCGACCAACUGGUUGAAAUCAUUAAAGUCCUAGGAACUCCAACCAGGGAGCAAAUACGCACAAUGAAUCCAAAUUAUAUGGAGCACAAGUUUCCUCAAAUCAAGCCGCAUCCAUUUGGCAAGGUUUUUCGUAAAGCCAGCACAGACGCCAUCGACUUAAUCUCGCUACUGCUGGAAUACACCCCAGCCCAGCGCCUUUCUGCAAUUGACGCCAUGGUACAUCCAUUCUUUGACGAACUUCGAGAUCCAAGCUGUCGCUUUCCUGACUCUCGUCACCCUGGAGGCGCGCCUCGAGAAUUGCCUCCCCUGUUCGACUUCUCUCGCCAAGAAUUGUCCAUUGCUCCGGAAAAGAACACGAAACUCGUUCCAUUACAUGCUCGCAAGGAGCUUUUGUCCCGUGGCCUGGACACUGACAAUUUCAUGCCAAUGAGUCGAGACGAAAUGAGAGCUCAGUUAGAUUGA